CCUGCAUCUCAUCCCUACCAUCCACCAACAACACUCAGCAACGGCCCGGAGCCUGCCCAGUCUGAAGCAUCUGCCUAAUACCUAAUAUUAGUUCCUCGUCGUUUUCAACCUUUUAUCAAAAUGUCUACCCUCGACUCCACCAUUCGUCCCACAGCCUACGGCUCCGACACUGAGAGUGACGGACAAGCUUCUGGUGGCCGUAAAGUCUCUUCGAAGGUUGGGCCCGUACCAUCCUCAGCCACACUCAACCGACCGGCCGGAAACAUCAUCAAGGGCCCAGUGGAUGACAAUGGCAAGCCAAAGGACGCUGCAUUGCUACUCGGUAUCAAGUUGGAUUUGGAGGCAGAGAUUCACCUGACGGCAAGGAUUCGUGGAGAUAUUACGAUUGGAUUGUAUUGAGCUAUUUGUAUGGUGGAUAUGAACUAUGUUCGGCGUUUGGCAUGAUGAGCUUCAAGUGGCUGAUGCAUGGUCUCCGUAGCAGAAACAAGGCAUUGGCUUCGCAGAGGGCGACCCAGGACAUCGGAGAAGGCACACAUUAUUGAAUGAAUAACAUCUCUUUGUAAGAAGCAUUGCCACAA